AUGCUAUUAUUGGAUAGGCUAAGGUGGGCAUCAUGGUUACAGACAAACGAUCGAACGCGCGCAAAACAAUACCACCGCGCCACCCCUAUCCAAAUCACAAUCCCACCAUAUGCUUACAUCAAGGAGAGCUCCUUAUCCAUAUCGGCAAAGCUUUCGAAAAACGAAAGGAACAGAUCCAUAGCAGCUAGAACAGUAUCAGCCCCUACACCCAUAUUUUGUUUGAACAUUGGUCUCUCACCUCUCGCGUCGUGGGAUCCACCUGUCUCCCGGAUAGAGUGCAUACUAGCCAUUGUCAGAUAUUUAGCCUUCUAG